AUCGCUCUAAUAAAUACUCCACUUCCCAGAGGGAAAUCCCACCAGGCCACCAACACCACCAGGUCCACCACUGCCAAUUUUUCAAUCUGCAUGUAUACAUAGCUACAUACCAAAAUAUACAGUAUAUACAUAGACACACAUAAAGAGAGGGAUAGAUAGAUAGUUAGAGAGAGAGAGAGAGAGAGAGAGAGAGAGGAACGAUGGUUUUCUCAAUGGCUAAUAUAUCAUCGUCUCCCAGACCCAACUUCGGGAAAAGCAGCAGACCAAUUUUCCAGCCUAAAAUUCGGUGUUCAGUUUCUUCUUCUUCUUCUUUACCGCUGGUUUCGACCCAAUUCGAUCUUCGAACUUACUGGACAACUCUGAGAGCAGAAAUCAAUCAGAAGCUAGACGAGGCCAUACCUGUCAAGUACCCACAGCAGAUCUACGAGGCCAUGCGUUACUCUGUGCUCGCCAAAGGUGCGAAACGUGCUCCUCCGGUCAUGUGCGUCGCCGCCUGCGAGCUCUUCGGCGGCAACCGCCUCGCCGCCUUCCCCACCGCCUGCGCCCUCGAAAUGGUACAUGCCGCUUCGUUGAUACAUGACGAUUUACCGUACAUGGACGACGACCCAUCACGGCGUGGUCAACCCUCAAACCACACCAUUUUCGGCGUAGAUAUGGCUAUCCUCGCCGGUGACGCUCUGUUCCCUCUUGGAUUCCGCCACAUUGUUUCCAACACCCCUCCGGACCUGGUCCCGGAGCCCCGGCUCCUCCGAGUCAUCGCCGAAAUCGCCCGGGCCGUUGGAUCUACCGGCAUGGCCGCGGGCCAGUUCCUUGACCUCGAGGGUGGGUCCAAUGCUGUCGAGUUCGUCCAGGAGAAGAAGUACGGGGAAAUGGGUGAGUGCUCCGCUGUGUGCGGCGGUUUCCUGGGUGGCGCUGGGGAUGAUGAUAUCCAACGGCUGAGAAGAUACGGACGAGCUGUUGGGGUUUUGUAUAACGUGGUUGAUGAUGUUUUGGAAGAGAAAAUGAAGGGUGAGGAGAGAGAAGAGGAGGAGGAGGAGAAGAAGAAGGGGGGGAAGAGCUAUGUGAGAAAGUAUGGAGUUGAAAAGGCAAUGGAAGUGGCUGAGGAUCUGAGAGCAAAAGCCAAGAGAGAAUUGGAUGGGUUUGGAAAGUAUGGUGAGAGGGUGUUCCCUCUCUACAGCUUUGUUGAUUAUGCUGCUGACAGAGGUUUUAGUGUUGGUGAUUAAAGUUUACUAGUGUAGUUUGCAAAUUUUGGCACUUGAACCGUUCAUUGAAUUUCAGAUGUUUAGGUUGCUAGAAGACUAGAAUAUGUUUUAUCAUCAAGACAAGAAAGUUCUCAUCUCUUUACAAUUGUGAUCUUA